UGUCUUUUAAACAACUGUAUUACUAACUAACUAAUGUGGAAACAGUGUUAAAUAAAAAGUUGGAAUAUAUAAUUUGUUUCAGCUGUUAAUCAAGCAAUGGUGUAAUAAGACUAGCCCACAACAUGCAGAAAAUGCAGAAAUGUUUGCAGACAGCCAGAACAUUGUGCAUUUUAUUCAUUGUACAGAAUUGCCUUCUCUUUUUGGUCGGAGUCACAACUCUUCUCGGACAAUCGAAAAUAUGCGGUGACGUACCCGGCAGUGAACCAAUCAGCGCGAUCUUCUGUGUGCGCAUGCUCAAUAAGGCUGUGCUGAUAACAGCAAUGGCGCUCUUGUAUGUAAUCGGAGGCGCAGUGGCGUUAAUAGUGCUUACCAUACCUGAUAAAGAAGGUAGUAAAAUACAACAGGCAGUGCCACAAACAUCAACACUGAAGGCGUUUGCAUGGGUGCUUGCAACAACAUUUUCAAGCUUACUUUUAUUUUUGGAUGGUGGCAUGCAAAAUACAAUUAUUCAGAGAAAACAAUUACUGAUUAGCUACAUUUGGCUAUCUGCAAUGGCCUCAUAUCUUUCGCUGAUUGCUGUUCAGAUAUAUGUUUACAUUUAUACGAUCCGAAAACACCCCGAUGAAGCACUUGAAGACUGUGAAGUUGUUGUUUAACGGCGAACCCUGCAUGAUAGAAACCCUAGAUACAGUAAUU